AUGGUCGUGCAAGGAGUGAAGACGGUUUCGACAGCACGGAACGGCAUCGGCGCAUUCAUCCUCCAAUGCAAACGUCUCGACUUCCACUACUGCGACUGGGCCGGUUCGUCACGCGGCCUCAAGUCGUUCCUAACAUCCCCGCUCCUGGCCGAAUUCACGGCGAAAUACCCCGGCAUCGAGUUCCGCGUGUCGCCGCGGCCUAACAGACAUCCGAUCCUGAAGGCGUACUUCAUCAACGGGCGCGAGAAGGCCGUGUGUGUGCGCAACCUGGAGAAGGAGCAGAUCGUCAAGAAAGCCGAGUUCCUGGUCGCCAAUAGCGGGAAGAAGAAUGAGCUGAUCAGAGGCAAAAAUGUCGUUUCGGUGAAUGAGAAUGUUCGAGGCAUUUGGAGUCCUAUGCAUGGUGGGAUCAAGAAUGUUUGA